AUGGACCUGCAGUUGCUGAAAAAGGGUCUUCUUGAUUAUACCAGGAAAAACAAGAGGCGGGCUCUUUUGUUAGCAGCUCUUGGUUUCUCUACAUAUACUGCCUAUAAAGUUUAUCACUUUCCUUCAUUAGCUAAAAAACGAAAGAGAAUUUCAAAACUUUUUGUAGCUUUAGUUGCUAUUGCACAACUUAUCUCUGAUUCUGCUGAAACUAUUGGGGUUGUCUCUAAGGAUUUUAAAGAUUUUGUUCAGUCGGAAUCGGACCAAAUUCCCAAUAGUUUAAAGCAAAUUUCUAAGGUGGCAAGGUCUAAUGAGUUUUCAGAAGGAUUAGUUACCCUUACACAAGCUUUUACUGUGGGAAUUUACCAAUCCCAUGCAAGAAUUCAUCAUGAUGCUGGUGCCAAUGGGGAUAGGAAUAGCAAAGGAAGUCCAAGUUUAUUGGACAAGGUUUUUGAGAAGCCUGCUUCUCCAACUGGGUCUGGUUUUGUUUCUGUUAUCGUUGGAAGCUUUGCUAGGAACUUGGUUCUGGGAUUGUAUGAAGGUGGUCUGAAUUCAAUUUCAGAUUUGAAUGCUGCUGCUGAUAGCCAUGAUUCUUUUCAAAAAGUGAUGGAAGCGGUUUGUGGUGAUAAGGGUAGAGAGCUGAUUGGUGUUUGUAUUCAGUUAUUUGUGAGCACAGCAGUUACGGUUUACCUUGACAGGACUACGCAUAUCAACACCUAUGAUGAAUUUUUUGCUGGAUUAACCAAUCCUAAGCACGAAACCAAAAUGAGAGAGGUGUUGGUAUCAAUCUGUAAUGGUGCAAUUGAGACUCUUGUCAAGACAUCUCAUCAAGUCUUGACAACUGAUGAUUCUAACUUGAAUUCGAGUUCCGAUUCACCUUAUUUGGCCAUUGAUCAAGAAGAAAGUGCAAUAGAGGAUGAGGUAUCUGGGAAAGAAGCAUUUUUUAGUGAAUCUAUGACAAGAAAGUCAGUUGCUGAGGUGAAGGAGAACGGUUGGGUUAAUAAAGUGUCAUCUGCAUUGGCAGUCCCAAGCAACAGGAGGCUUGUUCUCGAAGUAACUGGGAGGGUUACGUUUGAGACUGUUCGGUCUCUCCUGGAGUUUCUGCUGGGGAAGCUAUAUAAUGGAAUGCGGAGAUGCGUUGAUUUUGCUCAUGAAGUUGUUGUUGACACUGGUAUUGAAGUUGUGAGAUAUGUCAAAGCAAAAUCCUCUGUUAUUGCAACCCUAUGCAUUUCUUUUUGCUUGCACAUACUGGAUGUUGCUUGGAUUCUGGUUCCAGCUUAA